AUGUUGUCUCGUUUUCUCUCUUCAGCCUCCCGACCAGGAGGGCCGUCGCUGCGCUCGUUGCAGCUGCCCUUCGGGACGAAUGGUGCUAAUUUUACCGCCCGGUCCGCCGCGUCCAGGGAGGCAGUGUUGCGGUACUUGAAGCAGACGAGCGACGGUGCGGCGAAGCGCUUUUUUGCCUCCGCCGAGGCCCGGGCGCACAGCGGACAGGUGCUGGGGAAUCCGCGGGGGCUGAGCACGUUCGGCGUCGGGUCUCGGGGCGGAAGAAACAGUCCGGAUUGGAGUUUGCACCUGGUGGGCGGUUGCUUCACUGCCUGGUUCGCGAUGGGCGGGGUGUCGGGGGUCGCGUUGGGAAACGCAGCGGUCGAUGUCACCCUGCACGAUACCUAUUACGUCGUCGGACACUUCCACAUUAUCAUGGUAUAGAUACGAGUAAGUGAACUUCUUCUACGAAUGCGAAUCAAUCUACAAACACGUUUUGUCUACUGGUACAGCUACAGUAGUUCGCUGCAGGAGACGGAGAUUACAGCGACAAGAAAUUAUUCGCGGACGUUCCAUCAUGUUAGUUAUAGUUUGUCGAAUGACGUGGUUUGUGGUUAACUCACUGUGCACGACAUGGCCUUGCUGAUUCAAAUAACCCCCAGGUGAGUACCAUCGCCCUGGCUAUCGGGCUUGCCAACGCCGCAAUUUUCGGGCCGGCAAUCACGGUUUCAGCGGCGCGCGCUCUACCAACCACCACCAAGCGUGUGACGAGCCAUCUUUUGGCCAAAGGUGCGAAAGGCGUAAACGGAAUUCCCAAGAUUUAGCUGGAUCCUACUUCAACUUCUAGGUCGUGUAUGACACUUCUGACCCGACAAGCUGCCUAUCGUAAAGCUCAAAUAAAGCAGAAGGCGGAAGUCUGAGUUAUCGUGCUCUGUAGUUGUACCACCACACCUGCUUCCGAGAUCAUAUUAGAUGUGGAUUCAACGGACGCGAAGUCGAAAAAAAAAACAACUGAAACUGAUUACCCUAGAUGAAGUGCCUUCCCCAUUUUUGGGGUAGAAAUGAAGUACAUGUAGUACCCUGGUGCACAAGAUUUUAGCAGAUGAGGCAUUGUGAUGUUUAUGUCUUCACGCGGCCGCGGCGCUCCCAGUUGUUCAUGUUCAUUUUCAGCCAAGGUCAAAAGACAAGCAACCGCCAGAGUACUUUUCUAUUAGUCUUAAUAGUUCUUUCAUCUAGUUGUGUGUACAUCAUGUUGCGGCCCGAUGAAGAACUACCCACAUUUAUCGGGGCUCUCAUCUCUCCACUAGAAUUCUUUCCUCGCCCACUUCUGUGGCUUAACGAUCUUCACUUUUUUAGGAGCCCCACCCUGAUUGUACAUAAAUUACCACAUGAUUCUUCUUGGACAUCAUCACAUGCAGGGUCGUGGUGGGAUGUGAUUUGCA